ACAUGGAACAUGACUGAGUCAGCUGUGUGCUAUUAAAAGACCCCCAGUCCCACAGCACUGCCCUGUGGGUCUAUUGCUGUCUGGAAAAUGGGCAGCUAGGGGGGAGAUUACGGGUGAAGGCAGCCCUGACUCCUGGACAUCAAGAAGAUUAAAUCUCCUGAAGCAGUACAAAUACAUUUAAGUUUCAAGGGUCCAGAACAGCUAUCAUAAUGGAGGAUGUUCUUUUGGGGAUGGAUUGGACCACUGUGCUGCUUGUGCCGGCGGUGGUCGUGGUAACAGCCGGGAUCUUUUACCUGUACAGCACGGUGCUCAGGUUAAUGUCCAAAACCACGGUGCGGAACAAAGUCGUGGUCAUUACAGACGCCUUGUCUGGACUAGGAAAUGAGUGUGCCAAGGUCUUUCACAAGGGAGGUGCCAGGUUGGUCCUCUGUGGGAAAAGCUGGGAGAAGCUAGAUACUCUCGCUGAGCAGCUGGCUAAUAACUGUGACCCCACUGUGACUUUCCCUUCCAAACUGGUACUGCUAGAUUUCAGUGACAUGGAGGAACUACCUGAUGUGAUCUCCGAGGUCUUGGAAUGCUACGGUUGCCUGGACGUUCUCAUCAUCAACGGCAGCAUGAAGGUGAAAGCUCCUGUGCAGGAUCUGUCUUUGGAGAUGGAUAAGGCCAUCAUGGACAUUAACUACUUUGGACCCAUUACUCUGGCCAAAGGUAUUUUACCAUCCAUGAUCUCCAGGAGGAGCGGACACAUUUUGCUAAUCAACAGCAUCCAGGGGAAGCUGGCACUGCCAUUCCGCACCACAUACGCUGCUUCCAAGCAUGCUGUGCAGGCUUUCUUUGACUGUCUGCGUGCCGAGGUUCAGGAGUAUGGCAUCUCUGUGAGCACCAUCAGCCACACCUUCAUCAGCUCUCCGCCCCCAACAGAAGAGACCCCCGUCCCAGCAGAGGAGACCCCCGUCCCAACAGAAGAGACCCCCGUCCCAACAGAAGAGACCCCCGUCCCAACAGAAGAGACCCCCGUCCCAGCAGAGGAGACCCCCGUCCCAGCAGAGGAGACCCCCGUCCCAGUAUCUUCCAGGAAAGCCUUUUCCCUUGGCAUUGCCCCUGAGCAUAUGGCCGCCGAGAUUGUGAAAACGUUGAGCACCAAGAAGAAAGAAGUUGUCCUGGCCCGCUCCAUUUCGAAAGCAGUGAUCUACGCCCGUGCAUUCUUUCCAAACUUCGUCUUCUCAGUGAUGGCCGCAGGAGUGCAGAACAGUGCUACCGCUUUGGACCAGGAUUUAUAACAUGGGCACAACAGAAGUCACAUGAGCCAUAUGAUAAAUGACCAGGGCUGUAAUGGAGGCUAAACGCAAGUAAAUGCAGUUUAUCCAACUCUGAAUUUUCCACCUAUCAAAAGAGUUUAUUCACCAAUUGCAACCUAUAACCUUCAAAAAUCACACUGUAUUAUCCACAUUCACAAUAUGUAGGCCUACUCUCAUCAACACUCUAGGAACCAUUUAAUACCACUGAUAUUGUUAUGAACAUUGGAGUUGGACAACCAACACCAUCAUCAAACAUGUUCUGAAUGCCUUGAUCUGAUCUGAUACAGCAUAUGGUACUGUCCACCUUACCGUGAUCACAGAAUUUAUAGUGUUCCCACCUCUUAUUUUACCACUACACUCCUGUAAAUGACAGAUUACACAGUGCUUGGACUUACAUCAGCUCCAAGGGCAGCAUGUUAACUGACUUUCUUAAGAUGUAUGAUGAAAAGUCAAGAGAGGUUCUAGUAUUGUGAGUUGAUGACAUGUUAUUGAGAGGUUUGGAUCAUAGACAUUGCAUAGGUAUUGUGGUGUUGACAUGAUUAAAAAAAUGGUAGGCCUAUUACUGAUAUUGAUACUGAUAUUACUGUAAUAAUAACAAUG